UAAUACUUAGCAUGCAGUAGGUACAUGCAGAAAUUUAAGUAAACCACGAAUAAUAUUUAAAGUCUUCAGUAUGAAUCGUUUAAAAUUAUCUGCGUUGCUGAUUCUUCUCUGUCACCUCUUUGAGCUGUACUGCUCAGCAAAUGACACCGCUGAGGCCUUCAUCGAGAUGGUUCUGGGCAAAAUCAAGGCAGAUGAAAGCUAUGUCUUACCAAUCGACAAUUCGAAACUAGCUUAUGUUUCUCCCUUGCAGGAAAGUGCAACAUACGACUUUGGAACCUUCGACUUUGUCAUAGUUGGAGCAGGAUCAGCGGGUACUCUUUUGGCCAACAGACUGACAGAAAUCGAGAAGUGGAAAGUGCUCUUGCUGGAGGCUGGAGGUCCAGAGAAUGAGUUCAGUGACAUUCCAGGAAUGACAGUGGAAAUUUAUUCGACCGACAUGAAUUGGGGAUACUUAAGCACGCCACAGAAGCGAGCAUGUAGAGCAAUGGACCAGUUUCAGUGCACCUGUCCUAGAGGUAAAGUCCUAGGAGGAAGCAGUACUAUCAACGGAAAAAUGUACGUGAGGGGUAACAAAGCCGACUACAAUGCAUGGGAGAAGAUGGGCAAUCCUGGUUGGUCCUACAAAGACGUCUUGCCUUAUUUUAUAAAGACAGAAAAUUCCCAUAUCGACGACGGAGACCCAGGAUGCCACGGAAAAAGUGGUUUGUUAGAUGUCAACUACACUGAUCAGACCAUAUUUACCUCAGUGUUCUUAAGAGGAAAGGAAGAAUUAGGUUGCAGAGCAAUUGACUAUAAUGGCAAAAGUCAAAUUGGUGUCUCACGAAUUCAGUUUACGAUCAAGGGGAAUAAGGCAGUCAGUGGUGGAACAGCUUUCAUAGACCCAUUCUUGAAGAGAAGAAAUCUUAACGUUACCAUAAAUGCAUUUGUUACUAGAUUGAUAAUAGAUAAGGAUACAAAAACAGCACUUGGUGUCGAAUUCAUAAAAGAUGGGAGAAAGUAUGAAGCCAGAGCUAAAAAGGAAGUUAUACUUUCUGCUGGUGCUAUAAACACCCCGCAAAUAUUAAUGAUAUCUGGAAUAGGUCCCCAAGAAGAACUUACCAAAAUCGGAGUCGAGACCUUAGUGGACCUACCUGUCGGAUUAUCCAUGGAGGAUCAUGCCACAUUCGUCGGCUUAAACAUUAGAACUAACAUAACUCUAUUUAACGAAACCAUGGAAGUAUUGCUCAAGAGAUACUUGAAUAACCAGAGACCUUACACAGCCUCAUUCAAUGCAGAUGCUAUAAGCUUCAUCAACGUAAACGACAACAAAAGCUCAGUACCAGAUAUCCAACAAAUAUUAGCCACCCCCCCAGGAGUCACUCCAAACGGAUGGCGAAUGUUUAAUGGGAAUAAACAAGUAACAGAACAAUCUGCAGGAUUGCCAAAGCCUUACAAUGAUAUACAAAUAUGGACAGUGUUGCUACAUCCAAAAUCUAAAGGGAGCGUCAAGUUAAAAUCGGGCAGUCCUCUAGACUUCCCCAUCAUCGACUAUAAUUAUUACUCAGUAGAGGAAGAUAAGAAAACUAUGCUCAAAGCCAUAAAAGAAUCGUUAAAACUACUAGAAACAGAUGCCUUCAAGUCUAUCAACGCUACGUAUGUAUCAAUGUACAAAGUUUGCACAGAUUAUACCGAGGGUACUGACGAAUACUGGGAAUGUAUGGUAGAACAACUGACCACGACUCUGUAUCAUCCUGCUGGAACGACGAGAAUGGGUAAAUCAAGCAGGGAUUCCGUGGUAAACUCAAAACUGUUUGUGCACAGCACGAAACGAUUGAGAGUGGUGGAUGCUGGGGUUAUUCCCAAAAUACUUUCAGGAAAUAUCAACGCUCCGAUUUAUAUGAUUGCGGAAAAAGCUGCAGAUGAAAUUAAAAAUUACUGGAUUGUAUAAUAUAAUAUAAUAAUAUAUCUUUAUAAAAUAGUUAAUUAUUAUAAUUAUUAUUACAAUGAGAUAAAGAAAAAAUAAAGCUGUUGUGUCAUUGUUGUGUCGUAUCGCCUUACCAACCCAUAAUUUAUUAGGAGUUCAAGGUGAACAAUAGAGGAUAUAAUGGAACUACACUCUGAUACCAGAUGGACCACUGACAGAUGUCUAUAAUACAAACAAUCUUGGCACAGAUAUCAAAUGCAAUAUAUUCCAUUUUCUUCAAUAACACAGCACCACGAAAAAAUGUGGAUUGGACUUUGGAUCAGACCCAAGUAUCCAAUAGUAUUUUGACCUGCUGAAUCAAGAAACUCCCUUAGAAAGAAGUUUUAAACCGCUUUCUAGAGAAGUGUAUUCUAUGUGUCUCUCUGAAUAUCGAUGAAUUACAAAACGAAUUAUAAUAAAUGUAUAUGCUUACUUACAA